AUGGUUGGAGUUCGCGGAAAGUACAAAGGAUGUGAGACGUGUAGGGCUCGGAGAGUUAAAUGCGACAACGAACGCCCAUUCUGUCGAAAAUGUGUCGAUAGCGGCCGCGAGUGUGCCGGGUAUGAGCGAGAAAUGGUCUUCAUCACCGCAACCAUAGACGAUGCUGGCCGCUGCUCGUCCCAUCCGCCGCGCCAAGUACAGUCGUCCUCGAGGAGGAGAAGAAGGAGCCACAUCGCUGAGCAAGAGACUCCGCGCUUGAUACCAAUAGAGCCCUUGGCGCCGGCAUGGGAUGACUUGAUAUCCUUGUACGACAAUGGUGUAGCGUAUGCGGUGCAGAUUGCCGCUUUGCACACCGGACUCCAAAACGUUACGAGGGCCGCCGAUGGGCAAAGCCAGGUCAAGUUUCGGAUGGUCUUGCCAAAUUACUCGCCGGUCGACGUCGACACCUGGGACAACGGGAGCGAUGUGGACUUGAGUGCGCAGGUAAUGAUAAGCCUUCUGCCCACGACCAACGACAACGGGUUCCCCGAGGGCAUCUGCGCCCUUCUGUUCGAGCAAAACACAUCCUCUCUGGUAACCAACGGCAUCACCCCUUGGGGCGUUUCUCAGGAGCACCUAGACCUCGUCAAGAAACUGGGUCCGGCUUACUUCCGUCAAUUUCCCGCCCAUCACUUCUUCAUCAGAGUAUAUAGAUGCAGCGCUAUCACCCUCGCUCUCUUGCAUAGGAAAGCGACCUUCCUGGCAUCCAUGGAAUGGUGCACUAUCCCUUGGGAGCGGCAUCCAAAGACCCUCUUCGACCGACUUUUCGACAUUAUUUCCCCUUUACCGAGCAUAUUCGCUCUGGUCGACCGAACGAUACCGUUUGCUGCAACCAUGCAGCGACGACUGAAGGCCCAGGAGCUGUUGGAGAACUGCCUGCAGCUGGAGAGAAGUCUUGAGGAGUUGGAGCUUGUUGCUCGCGCUCCUACGACUGAGCACCCGCACGCAUACUGGAUAGAAGAGCCAGACGACCCGGACGCGCAACAGAUCCCAUUCGCCGAUAACCUUGCCUUCAAGGACGGCAUCACGUCGGUGACGUUCCUGUACCACUGGAUGACGUUGCUGCUCCUUCACCGGUGCAUCGAGACCCUACACCACGCCAUCUUCCAACCUGUCAUCGAGGAUUUUCCCAAUAUGUACCCCGACCUGCCGCCCCGUCUGCAGAUCAACCUGGCCAGGUACCAGCAACGGCGGGAUUUCGCCUCGAGAAUAUGUAGAGCCUUGGACUUCGCCGUGUCGACGACUGUUCAACCAGACUUGCUGGCUGCGCCUCUCGCCGUGGCCUUGGAGUAUUACCGAGAAAUCAAUGCGUCUUCGAGAGACGGCGAGCUGGAAAUCAUGUGGUGCGAGCACUUCAAGUUGCGCUUGAAGUCGAAGGGCCAAGACAUCGCCAACGUCCUCCAGAGUAGAUCGUGGGCCGACAUUGGCAAGUUCUGA